AUGGGCAGCUUCGCCAAGCUGGCCAAGAGGUGCGUGGAGACGGAGGCGCCGGUCAUGGUGAAGAUACAAGAGCUGCUUCGAGGGGUCACUGAUGUGAUGUCGCUUGCGCAGGGAAUUGUUUAUUGGCAACCUCCUGAGACAGCCCUGAACAAGGUCAAGGAAAUUGUAUGGGAACCAGCAACCAGUAAAUAUGGUGCUGAUGAUGGCCUUCCCGAGCUUCGAGAAGCACUUCUCGAGAAGCUUCACAGGGAGAAUAAGCUAACCAAGUCAUCGGUUAUGGUGACUGCCGGUGCAAAUCAGGCUUUUGUAAACCUUGUUCUGACCCUUUGCGAUGCUGGUGAUUCAGUUGUCAUGUUUGCACCAUAUUAUUUCAAUUCCUUCAUGUCAUUCCAGAUGACUGGCGUCACUGAUAUAUUAGUUGGUGCUAGCAAUCCCAAGACACUUCAUCCUGAUAUUGAUUGGUUAGAGAAGGUGCUGAAAGAAAAUAACCCUAUCCCUAAACUUGUUACUGUUGUCAAUCCGGGAAACCCUUCUGGAGCUUUUAUUCCCAAGCCUAUGCUACAGAGAAUUUCAGACCUGUGCAAGAAUGCUGGUGCAUGGCUGGUGGUUGACAAUACCUAUGAGUACUUCAUGUAUGAUAAAAUGGAGCACUACUGCCUAGAGGAUGAUCAUAUUGUCAACCUUUUCUCGUUCUCAAAGGCUUAUGGAAUGAUGGGGUGGCGUGUAGGAUACAUCGCAUAUCCAAGCGAAGCCGAUGGUUUCCACGCGCAGCUCCUUAAGGUGCAGGAUAACAUACCUAUCUGUGCUUCCAUCAUCGGGCAGCGCCUGGCUCUAUACUCAUUGGAGGCCGGCCCAGAGUGGAUCAGGGAAAGGGUGAACGAUCUCGUGAAAAACCGCGAGCUGCUUGUGGAGGCAAUGUCUCCCCUUGGUGAGGGUGCUGUCAAGGGUGGGGAGGGUGCCAUCUACCUCUGGGCUAAGCUACCAGACAACUGUUCAGACGACUUUGAGGUUGUCAGGUGGCUCGCGACCAAGCACGGUGUCGCAGUGAUCCCCGGGAGCGCCAGCGGAGGCCCCGGAUACAUCCGUGUUUCCUUCGGAGGGCUGAAGGAGGAAGACACGAGGCUCGCCGGCGAGAGGCUAAGGCGGGGUCUGCAAGAGCUGGUGACCGAUGGGAUGUUUCAUCAGAGCCUGGAAACUGAAAACACCGCAGUUUCUAUAGCUGACAUAACUGAUGCUUCGACGAACAAACCGACCAGGUGUUUUCUGAACAUGAAUGCCCAUGUUCAGUAA